AUGAAUGCAGAACAUAGUAUCAGUAUUUUAGCUUGGGAAUUAACCUUUUCAUUUGGUUUAGUUUUAACCAAAAAUGUCGAAUCUCAACUUCCUCUUCACGUUGACCCAAUGUCGAAAUGGAUUACUUUAGAAGAUGUUUUAAUUUCAAAAGCAUUGGAUGGCGUAGAUGUUAGAAUUAUAGUUUGGAGACACGAAUUACUAUCGCAUUUGACUAGAUUCCUUUAUCUUGGUGAAGUUACGAUCGAAAGAGAAGUAUCAAAAUUAGAAAAAAGAUGUAAUCGUUUAGGUGUAACUUGUAAUGUAUUUCAUACCCAUAAUAUGCCUGGUUUAGAUUCAGAAUUUGCAAAUAUCGAUAAUCCUAGUUUGCACUAUAACGCAAAAAAUCAACAUCAUAAACAUAAAAAUAAUAAUCACCAUCAUAAACAAGGAAAUCAAAAUAAUAAUAACAAUAGUAAUAACAAUAAAAAUAAUAGUAAAGAAAAACAACAUACACCAAGUAUUACAGUUGUAAUUGUCGGUAAUCCUCAAGGUAUUUUAUCAUCUCAUCAUGAAAAACUUUUAUUGGUCGAUCCUGAAUGUCCUGAUCAUUGCGUUGCUUUUACAGGUGGUUUUGAUAUAGCCAGAGGAAGAUAUGACCAACCAUUACAUCAAAUACCCAAACCAUAUAUACCACACAUUAACAAACCCACAUCACCACCGUCACCACCAGCAAAUAGUAAUUAUCAUAAACUAGUGCAAAUCAAUGCAAAUAAACAACAACCACAACAACAACAGCCACAACAACACCAACAGCAAAAUGAACAAAAUGAACAAGAAUUGGAACCAAAUAAACAACCAAUAAGAUAUACAGGUAGAAACGUUCAACCAAUUUUAAGACAAAUUAGAUUUCUAUGGCACGAUAUUCAAAUUCUAUUAAGAGGACCAAGCACCCAACAUUUAAGACUACACUUUUUCCAAAGAUGGAUCCAUGCUUUUUCUCAAAAUGUUUCGAUUACAAGAACAGCCUCAUUAGAGGUUUUCCCAAGCUCAAUAACCUGCACCAAAAAACAUAAACCUGCAAACUCUGUUAAAGUAGCCCAUAAUGACCCAGCCAAAGUAUACACUCAGUGCUCUGUAAGAUUAUUUAGAACAUGGAAAGGUGUUUUAGAUAACAAUAUGAUGUUUGACGAAUAUGGUAAAAUGAUAUUAAAUGCAAAAGAGUUUCUUUAUAUCGAACACCAGUACCCAUUCCAAAAUUUUACACUCACCUAUUAUAUGUGCGAAGCAUUAAAAGCAAAUCCAAAUCUCCAUCUUUUAAUUGUAACUCCAGUCAAAACCGAUUUACCAAGUGGCUUAGUAGGAGAACUUUUCGAUUGGUCUCAAGAUCAUAUUAUCAAACAUCUUCAUUUAAUUCACAGUAUUGCACCCGAUAGAGUUGGUAUUUAUGGUUUGGUCCGUCAAGAUGAAGAAACCAAUCGUUUGAAACCCAUAUAUAUCCAUUCAAAACUUUUCAUCGUUGACGAUUUAAUAUUUAACGUUGGAAGUACCAAUAUGGAUAAUAUGAGUUUUUUCCAUUCAAGCGAAUUAUGUGCAUCAAUCAUCGAACCAAGAUUAGCAAAAGAGACCCGUAUCAAAUUAGCAAAAGAACAUUUAGGUAAUCAUUAUAGACCCAGUAUGGACAAUAAUUUUAUAGAUAUGUUUAAUAUGUUUAGAAAAGUUUCAGAAGAAAAUUAUGAACGUCUUCGUUAUAAACGUUUAUUAAUAGGUAGACCCAUCUCUUUGACACCAGUCGACAAAUACGAAUUUAUUUUAAAGAAAAUUUACUAUCCAAACAAAUUUACAAAACUAUUAUUCAAAAUGGGUUUAGAUACCGAAGAAUGGUUGAAUAAAAUGUUUAACCCAAGUUCUUGGAUGAACUUAUUUAAACCAAAAUUAUAA